AGAUCUGGAUCCCCACAGACUGUUAACAAAAUGACAUCAUGGGUUUCAUGCCUUUCUUCAUGGUCCCACUGUGGACUUUAAUGCUCCGCUUGGGUUCAGUUAAAGGAUCAUUUGUAGUGGAUGUGACACAGAGCUCCUAUCAGGCAGAGGAGAACCACAACAUCACACUGGAGUGGACGUUCACCACCAAACCAGACACAUCCAUCUCAGCACUGAGGAUCCUCUGUAGCCUGAAUAAUGGCCAUAAACACUUAACUCUGUAUUAUCUUCAUGAUGGUGUCGAGUUCUCAGAGGAUCAGGAUGAAAAGUUUUCUGGACGAGUCCAGAGUGACAAAGACGCCCUCAGAGAAGGACGAAUCAGACUCCAGCUGUCCAGACUCAGGACUGAGGACUCGGGUCUGUACCUGUGUGAGGUGGACACAGGUUAUGGCCGCGGCUACAACAGCUGCAGAGUCACCGUCUCUGAUACAGAUUUUGCUAUAAUCUUGACAACAGACAUUUUGCUGCAAACUAAACUUCCUCAGGAAAAGACUCCAACAAACGCAGGUCGAUCGAGGGUCGUUGUCGUCGUUGUCGUCACCUUAUUAUUAGUUCUGACUCUCGUUGGUUUUGCUGCGUAUUUCUCUCACUGCAUUUUUCAGAAACUAAAACAGAAGCAUCCAGAUGAUGAUGAUGAGACACAAAAACAACCACUAGCAGUCUAG